AUGUCAAACGCACGACGACCAAAUUAUAAUAAUAAUUAUCGUGGAAAUAAUACACGUGGAGGGAGAAAUCCAAAUUAUCGACAACAGAAUCCAAAUGCUAAUCAACAAAAUUAUCCUGAUCAAUAUCCACCUGGUCCACAAGAUGGUGGAUUUGAUACUAGUGCAUGGGGUAAUUAUAACAACUAUUAUCCUACACAGUAUAAUAACAAUAAUAAUAAUAACACUAAUAAUCAACCACGUGGUAACAAUCCAAGGCCUCGAUCCAAUCAUCAAAAUAAUCAACCACGUCAACAAAAUACAAAUAAUUUAACUUUGUCUUGUGAAGAAUACUUGAAUGAAGAACAAGUUCUACAAGAUAUUACGGCAAAGAAAACUAUACGUGGAAUUUUACGGAUCAAUGCUAAACAAUAUACUGAUGCAUUUAUUAGUGAUCCUGAUGGUGGCCCAGAUUUUUUUAUAGAUAAUAUUCGUGAUCGUAAUCGAGCAUUGAAUUUAGAUGAAGUCGCUGCUGAAAUUAAACCUAAACGAGAAUGGAAGAUUAUCCCUGAAUAUUCUAAUUUAGUUGAACAAUCUAUUCGUGAAAUAAGAAGUGGCAAAGCAUCAGAUGAGAAACAGGAUACAUCAACUGAAAAUAAUCCACCAAAAGAUUCUCCAUCAAAACGUGAUAAUAAACGGCAAACAAUUGCUACAUUAAAUAAUGAAAAUAUUAAUUUAACUAAUGAAAUGAUUGAAAAGAUUCCUGAUGAAUAUUUUCAAAGAACAGUUAAAGUUGUGUUCCUUUUUCGGCGAAGACACACAAUGAAAGCUGCAGGAUUACUUAAAAAAAUGCCUGAUAAUAAUCCAAAUUUUGCUUUGUUCUCUCCAAUGGAUAGAGAAUUAUUGGAAAGUCUGGGUGAUGCAGAUACACUUGAAGGUCAAAGUAAAGCUAUUCUAAUGGAAAAUGAUAUUCGAGAUGAAGAAUUUACUGAUGAAGUUAUUAAAUGUUUACCAUUAGAAAAAGAUAAAUGGAGUAUUCCUGAAGAAGAAUUUUCUAAACGAUUAGAUCUACGAAAUCAAUGUAUAUUUACUAUUGAUCCAGCAACUGCACGAGAUCUUGAUGAUGCACUAAGUUGUGAACGACUUGAAAAUGGACAUUAUAAAAUUGGUGUUCAUAUUGCUGAUGUCAGUUAUUUUGUUCAAGAACAAACACCACUUGAUAAUGAAGCGGCUCAACGUACGACGAGUGUUUAUCUUGUUGAACGAGUCAUUCCUAUGUUACCACGAUUAUUAUGUGAUCGAUUAUGUAGUUUAAAUCCUAAUGAAGAUCGUCUAACAUAUUCUGUGAUAUGGACUAUGAAUGAAGCUGGUGAAAUUCUUAAUGAACAAUUUACACGUAGUAUUAUUCGAUCGUGUGCUAAACUAAGUUAUGAUCAUGCUCAGGAUAUUAUCGAUCAUCCGGAUAAACAAUUUCAAAUUGAAGAUUUACCAGAAAUAACAAAUAAUUUUACUGUUAAUGAUAUAAAAAGAAUUGUUUUACAACUCUAUGAAAUUUCCAAAGUUCUACGAUCAAAACGUGCUGGUGCAUUAACAUUAAAUCAACCUAAAUUGCAAUACAAUAUGAAAGCUGAUAGUAAAAUUCCCCUAAGUUUUUCCAUCUAUCAACAAAAAGAAAGUAAUCGAUUAGUUGAAGAAUACAUGCUUUUAGCAAAUAUGCAAGUUGCACGUAAAUUAUGUUUAACAGAACGUAUAUUUGAUAAAGUUAUUUUACGUCGUCAUCCACCACCUAAUGCCACAACAUUACAAAAUACACUUAAAAUAAUAAAAUCAGUUGGAAUUGAAAUUGAAGGAAAAUCAUCGGAUGAAAUUGCAAAAGCUAUUCGAACAAUUAAUAAUGAAUCAACACAAAAAUUACUUAUACAUUUACUUGCUAAAUCAAUGCAAUUAGCUAUUUAUUGUUGUGCAUCAUGUGUACCAAGUAAUAAUUAUUCACAUUAUGCACUUAAUGUUGAAUUUUAUACACAUUUUACAUCACCAAUUCGACGAUAUCCAGAUAUACUUGUUCAUCGUUUACUUGGUGCUACACUUGAUUAUAAUGAUAAUCUUUAUCAAACACCACGAGUACUUGAACAAAUAGCACAAUUAUGUAAUGAAAAGAAGAUAAAUGCUAAAACAUGUUCAGAACGUAGUGCUGAACUUUAUCUAGCUGUUCUUAUUCGAGAAUAUGGCACAAUAUCUGAUGAAGCUGUUAUUGUUGGAGUAAAAGAUGAAAGUCUUGAUAUUUAUCUGUUUCGUAUUGGAGUACCAUUACGUGUUGGCAUCAAUAAUUUACCAUUGGAUCAUCCACGUACGAAUUAUCAAAAAUUAUCAAAUACACAAUCAGCUGAAUUAACAAUCUAUUGGAAACAAAAUGAUCCACCGCAAACAAUAAAACAAAUUUUAAAACCAUUUGAUAUAAUCAAUGUUGAUAUUAUGUCAGAAUUUGAUUUGAAUAUGAAAAAACUUAAAUUAACUGCUCAAUUACGUCAUCCAAAUGCAGAAAAAUUAACAACAUUAGCUAAUCUAUGUACAUCAACAUUACCUGAAAAUAAUAUUACUAUACAACAACGACAAGAUUUUGAUCCCUAUUCAGAAUAUUAA